CUCACUCGUUAUGUUACAGUGCUUUCUGCGCGUGCGCUGAUUAAAACAACGACGUUGUUAUAAAUUACAAAUCUUGAGUCGAACAGAUUUAAAAAGCCAUGACAAUAAACGACUUUACUGUACAUUGGACUUCCAGUUUCAGAAGCACUGUGCCUUUAAGAAGAACGAAGGGGCGUGAGAGGCACGUGGGUCAAUGUUGCGUUUGACGACUCAUGCGCCUCAACUCUGACGAAUGUAGCAUGCAUGACAUUGUGCGUCUCGACGGGACACAUUUUCAACUCUCCAGUGUUGUAAUGUUUUUUUAUGUUGGUUUGUUAAGCAACUUUUUCACCCGAUGGAGCUCUAACGUGAGCACCAAAGCGUGAGUUUUAACCCCGUAGAAAAUCGUGUGACUUUUUGAACGAUGUAUACUAUCACCAGAGGUCCAAGCAAAUUGGUGACCCAGCGGCGCACAGGGCCCACGCAGCAGCUCGAAAGCAAAACAAACGACUUCAAGCACAAGCAGACGACCUGGAGUUUGCCCAAUAUUCCGGCACCCAAGAUUGUUUUUAACCGGCCUAAUGGCAAAAAGUACCACCAGCCCUCCCUGAGUCUGCCCAUGGACCCCCGGCAGGAGUGGGAGUCAGCGGCGGCCCACGAGGACAACGUAAAGUUUGUGUAUGAGGCCUGGCAGGAGGCAAUUCGGCACGAGCAAGGAAACAGCCGGACGACAAGAAGCGUGGCGGCUACGGCAGCAGUCCACUAUAAAGACGACACUCCAACCACUCAUAUGAAUGGUCAGUACGCUCGUUUGCAGCAGACAAAAUGACAGUCAAGCCCGACAAUGAAAACUAUUCAAUCACAAACUCAACUUGAUGGAGACUUUGAAUUUCUUUCUUGAAGUCCAUAUAUAAACUGUUUGCGAUGAUGCUGGUGCUUCCUGUCUUCUCUUCAGACUUUGUGCCUAUAGAUCUGGACGAGUGGUGGGCGCAGCGCUUCCUCACCAACAUAGACAAACUUUCCUGACGUUUCUCCCGAGGGUUCGGAGAGAGUUUCUAUCGGGAUCCGGCGCCUCGAAACGCAGGAAGAGUCAUUUGGGACGAGGUCGGAAAUACGACAGAAAGGGGAAGUCGGGACACUGGAGCCCCAAAGUACAGAGGCUCACUUUCCCGUGGCCAUUUUGACUCGAUCUUUGGACGUGAAGUCUAACAUUCAGGACAUGUCAUGUUACUUUUUGAAUAAAAAUUGGACCGUGUUCUCCA